AUGCCUCCCGUAGAUACCGAGGCUGAACAAGCCGCGAUACGGCAAGAAGUGGAGCAGCAUCUCUUGCGGCUCAGUCAGGAUCUGUAUGAGAUGGAGAUUUGUGCGGGAGACGUGGGACAGGGGAUGGAGGGGGCUGUUCCUGCUUAUAUGGCAAAGAUCAAUUUGUCGUUGAAGGUGUUGUCGGAUCUCUCGGGGCGGAUGACGGAGGGUGUACCUAGGCAGGUGGUAGAGAAGAUCGAUACUUAUAGCAAUCCUCAUUCGUAUACCAAGACCACACUGACCCGCGCGACUGGCGAGAAUCAGUAUGCUCUAGGCAGAAUGCUAGGGCUGGAGAGCUUCAGGAGCCAGUUGCAAGAUGCGCUAUCGGCAGACUUUCCUCAGAUCCCAUUACCCGACCGGCGACACACACCUCUUCAUGCGCUCGGACACGUGAACGGGAUGAUCAACGGAGGACAAGGAGAGCAGACCAGCGAACAGGUCGUUGGAGUCAAUGGGAACAUGAAGGAGGCGCCAGCUCAUCCGAACGGUGUUUCGAGUUCAUCGUAG